CUAGUCUACUAACCGAGCCAAGCUUAGCUCGUCGCCCCGGACCUUUGGCUGCUGUCAUCGCCAAUGGAAGGGUUUACUGAUUGACCGCAUCAGUUUUUACAGACCAAAAUUUGUGAGCCAUUUAAUUCAACUGCCACCUCAAUAUGAGCUCUACCACCACCACCACAUUAAAAGCUCUCAACAACCACCUAAGGCCUCUCUGCUUUUACUCGCCUCCUAUGCAUUUAAACUUAAAGUCCUUGUGCUCUCUCACCCUUAUUUCCCAGGCCAAAACCAGUAACCCUUUCCUUUCUUUCUCAAACUGUCGUCCUUUCUCUUCAUUACAUUCUGGGUCAUUGAUGGAGGUGUUGAAGGAAGUAGCUAAGGAAGGAUCUUCAGCUAGUGAGGGAGUUGCCAUUAGAGCUGAUCAGAAAAGUUAUAGCUACAAACAACUCAUUUCUUCUGCACAGAGGAUAUGCAGCCUGUUAUGUAGCACUGACUUGAAAGCCAGUCAUAAAGCAGGCAAACAAGUUACUCCUGCAUUGAUUAAUGGCUUGAGCGGUCAUGGACAUCUUGGUGGAGCUCGUGUGGGAAUUGUGGCCAAACCUUCAGCUGAAUUUGUUACCGGAGUCCUUGGGACUUGGCUUAGUGGUGGUGUUGCAGUUCCACUUGCACUCAGCUACCCAGAGGCUGAACUCUUGCAUGUGAUGACCGAUUCUGACAUCUCCAUGAUACUGAGUACUGAAGAUCAUCAAGAACUUAUGCAAAAAAUUGCUGCCAAAACAGCAGCUCAGUUUUCUCUUAUUCCACCUGUUCCUAGUAGUUGUUCACAGGAAGGGGCAGUUGAUCAUCUACAGACUGGAGAUAUAAACACAGAUAGUAUUUUGCACAAUACCGAAAUGUCAAAUGAAAAUCCUGCUUUAAUUGUUUACACCAGUGGAACAACAGGGAAACCUAAAGGGGUUGUUCACACACACAAAAGUAUUAACGCACAGGUCCAAACAUUGGCAAAAGCUUGGGAGUAUACACCUGCAGAUCAAUUUUUGCACUGUCUACCCCUACAUCAUGUCCAUGGGCUUUUUAAUGCUUUAUUUGCACCUCUGUAUGCACGCUCCACGGUUGAGUUCAUGCCAAAGUUUAGUGUGAGAGGUAUCUGGCAGAGAUGGCGUGAAUCAUAUCCAACCUGUGAAACUAAGGCUGAUGAUUGCAUAACCGUAUUUACAGGAGUUCCAACUAUGUAUACUCGAUUGAUACAAGGUUAUGAAGCAAUGGAUCCAGAGCUAAAAGAAGCCUCUGCCUCAGCUGCAAAGCAGUUGCGUCUAAUGAUGUGUGGCUCCUCUGCACUCCCUAUUCCUGUCAUGCAACAAUGGCAAACCAUUACAGGACAUCGUCUUUUGGAACGAUAUGGAAUGACAGAAUUUGUCAUGGCCAUAUCGAAUCCCUUAAAAGGUGAGAGGAAGGCAGGCACUGUUGGAAAACCAUUCCCUGGUGUGGAGGUAAGGAUUGUUGCAGAAGAUGAGAAUGGAAGUGAUACAACUGGGAUUGGUGAGCUUUGCGUUAGCAGCCCCUCAUUAUUUAAAGAGUAUUGGAGACUUCCUGAGGUAACAAAAUCAUCAUUUACAGAUGAUGGGUUCUUCAAGACUGGAGAUGCCGGUAAAGUGGAUGAAGAUGGAUACUAUGUCAUUUUGGGACGUACAAGUGCUGAUAUCAUGAAGGUUGGUGGCUACAAGUUAUCUGCCUUAGAAAUAGAAUCUGUACUUUUAGAGCACCCGACUGUAGAAGAGUGCUGUGUAUUGGGCCUACCAGACAAAGAUUACGGGGAAGCUGUCUCUGCAAUAAUUGUGCCAGCAGCUGAAGCAAAGAAGAAAAGAGAGGAAGAGUCAAAACCUGCAAUAAGCUUGGAAGAGCUCUUCAGUUGGGCUCAACACAAACUUGCACCAUACAAGCUACCUACUCGUCUUUUUCUGUGGGACUCCCUACCUCGUAAUGCUAUGGGAAAGGUGAACAAGAAAGAGUUGAAGAAAAAGUUGACCGUUGAACAGGGCGUUUAAACAAUUUCUCAGGCUUACAAUAUUUUGGAUUUGCAUAAAAUGAAAUUGUUUAGUUCCCAUUAGAGUUUCCUCUCCAAAUGGAACAUUUCAUACUUGUUUUGUUAAGUUGAAGUAGUCGGAACAGUUGUUUUCCCAAUCAAUUACAGUUUAAUAAAAAUAAAAGAGCAUAUAUUAGCUGUA